CAAUCUCAACUUAAGAAACACGAUACAAUUGCUUUGCUCAAAGAAGAAUACAUUACUCCUACACAAAAAAAAAGACAAAUAUAUAAAUUACACUAAUCAACCAUGAAAGGGUCGUCGUCUAGAAUUCUCGUUCUUCCUCUACUAGUACUCCUUCUCAUUGCUGGUAAUUUUUAACUAUUUCGGUCUAGCAUAAUUAUUCACUUUAUUUAUCAUUUUAUCGUCGAUAAAUGAAUUGUAUUGGUUCGCCAAAAUUUUACUUUCAGGUGCAUUUCUAUUUUCUAGUUAUAUUGGUUCAUGAAAUUGGCAAAUGAAAUUUUAUACGAUCCUUAAAAACCUAAGAUUCCCCGUUUAUAUAAUAAGGAUAUGAAUUAUACACCGAAUUUAAAUUUAUAAGUUGUAUUACCGUGAGUCGUACCAUACACAAAUAGCUCAUGUAAUGCUACAUGAAUUUAGAUUUUAAUUUCGUUGUUACACUAACACUAAUAGGUUUUUUUUUAUUGAUAGUCAAUUAGAGAUGGAUAAUUAACGAGUUUAUAAUCUUUUUUGUUUUGUUUUUGCAAUGAUUAUAAUAUACAGUUCAGAAGGAAGUGAUGGGGGAGCAGACAAAUAAAAAAGUGUGCAAGGUCGGGCUUAUCCCUCCUGCUAAACAAGGAACUUUUGGGUGUGAAGCUUUAAACUGUGACUCUCUAUGUAAAGAGACUUACGGACAACCAACCAUUGGAUUGUGUUAUUUUAUUGUCUAUUGUGCAUGUUACAAGCCUUGUUAAAAAAUUUCACUAUUGAAUCAUGAUGUGAUGAUCAGUGAUAUAAGGCCAUUAUGUUUUUUUUAUAAUUAAUAAUAUUAGAUUUAUGAGUUCUUUUAUAAACAAAAUCAAUCAAUUUGAUAUACUUUCGUAAUUUUUCCUUUUGGUUUCUAGUGUUACAAUUACAAAGUCGUUGUCUGCAGCUUCCUUACAAUUUCUAUGGUAAGUAUGUGAAACUCCUAUGAAAUGUCCACACAAUUGUUGUCCACAAUGAAGACACUUGACCUCAGCAAUCGACUUUUUCCCCAUGUCCACACAAUUCCUUACGAUUAUAUUUCUCCCCAUGAAGACACUUGACCUCAGCAAUCGACUUUUUCCCCAUGUUAAUUACGAAGUUGUUUCUUCGAAAAGGCAUCCAUCCACGGUUACUUGGCUACUAUUUCAACCAAAACUAAAUUUCUUUCUUUUCGUUGAAUACCAAAAACUAAAUUUCUAAGUGAAUUGAGUAAAAUUAUUUAUAAUUUUGAUAAAUAGGGUAAACAUGAGAAGAAUUAUGAUGGAUCGGGUGAAGAAGAAUAAUCGUAUCAAUCUCAUCCUUACAUACUAGCUUGGACCCGGCCAGUUGGCCGGAAUACAUUUAGGACCACGUGGGCAGAAAUUACAAAUGAAAGGUAAAAAAACAAAAACAAAAAGUUAAUGUAAUUACGGCUGGUUUAUCUCCACAUAAAUAAGUACAGUAGUGGGAUUUCGGGUGCUUUGGGCUUUAUAGCUGGCCCAACUAAAUAGUUAUCUCGUGGGCUGGGACAUGAGUUAGAUUAAAUUAACUAGUAUCAUUUGGGCGGGAAACAGAAAAUUAAGAUAUUGAGAUGAACUAAUAUACCCUUCCGGAAAUGAAUGCUCAAUUUUUAUCAGACUUUGUUUACCUCUGAAACGCAGGUUCCUAAUAUGACUGAGAGGGUGGCGACUCUGCCAAUUGCCCGUAUUGUCACUCCGCAAAUGAAUGCUCAAUUGACGACAGAGGUUUUGCCUAGUGAGGUCCGGAGUACGGUCUUUUCCAUGGGUUCGAAACAAUCCCCGGGAUCGGACGGCUUCACAGGGAAAUUCUUUAAAGCUUUCUGGGAUAUAGUGGGCACUUCUGUGGUUUAAGUAGUAAUCUCCUUCUUUACCUCGAGUCGGAUGCUGCGGAGAUUUAAUCAUACCUGGCUCACUUUGAUCCCUAAAGUGGAAUCAGUGGAAACAAUUAGACAAUUGCGCCCGAUUAGUCUCUGUCAGUUUGUUUACAAAGUGAUUACUAAAAUCAUGGCUGAACGACUGGCUGGCAUGCUCCCGCGGAUUGUUUCGGAAGGCCAAAAUGGUUUUAUCAGGGAUCGGCAGAUCAUUGAUAAUAUCCUUAUAGGACAUGAACUAAUGCAUUACCUGAAAAUAAAAACGCAAGGAAAGAAGGGAUACAUGGCUCUGAAGGUUGACAUGGAAAAGGCCUAUGAUAGAGUCGAAUGGCCCUUCUUGCUUGCAGUUUUGGAUAAGAUGGGUUUUAGUUCAGUCUGGCAAGGAUGGAUACAUGAAUGUCUUCGAUCCUCCUCUUUCUUGGUUCUCAUGAAUGGUACGCCCUCGGGAUUUUUCACGGCCUCUAGGGGCCUUCGCCAAGGAGAUCCGCUCUCGCCUCUCUUGUUUGUUCUCUGCACGGAGGGGUUUGCAGCCCUUCUUCGGCAGGCGAUCACGGAGGAAAAAUUAGAGGGGGUAAAAGUAGCUCCUCGUGCUCCAAGAAUCUCGCACCUAUUCUUCGCAGAUGAUUCUUAUUUAUUCUUACGUGGUUCUCUGCAGGAGUGCGAGAAUUUGAUCGAGGUGUUGAAUGAAUAUGAGGAACUGAGUGGUCAACGCGUCAAUUUGGAUAAAUCGGCGGUGUGUUUUAGUAAGAAUAUUUCCACGCCUGAUCAAGAGUUCUUGGCCACGAUUCUAGGGGUUGGGGCGGUGGGGGUCCACGAUAAAUAUCUGGGGCUUCCAACGCUAGUUGCCCGGUCCAAAACAGCUACGUUCAGAUAUUUGGAGGAAAAGCUUCUAGAGCGACUUCAGGGGUGGAAGCAAAGGACAUUGUCGUGGGCUGCUAAGGAAACAUUAAUUAAAUCCAUAGCGUUGGCUCUUCCUAUUUAUGUUAUGUCCUGUUUCCGGCUUCCCCUGACUCUUUGUCGACUUUUAGAUAAGCAUGUGGCCCAUUUUUGGUGGGGUGCGGAGGACGGGAAUCCUAAGAUUAGAUGGGUGUCCUGGCGUAAUAUGUGCAGAAGUAAGCAUGAUGGGGGGAUAUGAUUUCGCCAGUUCGAGCAUUUCAAUCAAGCUCUUUUGGCUAAGAUAGGCUGGCGUAUCCUCAAUGAACCUCAAUCACUUAUUGCCCAGGUCUAUAAAGGCAAGUAUUUCCCUCAAGGGUCUUUUCUAACUGCGACUGCUAGAUCUCGACCCUCUUGGGGGUGGCAAAGUAUCCUUCAUGGGCGUCAGUUAUUGGAAAGAGGGUUGAGAUGACAGGUUGGCAAUGGUCAAUCGGUCUCUCUUCUCCAGUCUAACUGGAUUCCUGGGUAUCAGCUGGAUCCCCCUUCCUAUAAUCCCCGGAUCUUGCCUGAGGGGGGUGAUCCCUUGGUGGCGGAGGUUAUUAGUGAGGGGGGAGGGAGGUGGUCUGAUGGGAUGCUCAGUCAAUGGUUUGACCCACCCACUUGUAAGGCUAUUAAAUCUAUUCCCCUCCCGCGUCAGGAUGUACCGGAUAAGCUCAUCUGGCAUUUUAUGACGGACGGGGUCUUCUCGGUUAAGACGGCUUAUCAUUUGGCUGUCGAUUUGGACAGAAGGAGGGGGGGUGGCGUUCCUCGGUUAGCUGGAUGGAUAAACCGAGUUGGAUAGAGUUUGGGAGGCUAAAAUCCCUCCGAAGUUGAAGGUAUUUGUUUGGCAAAUUCUUAAUCGGGCUCUGCCGACUAUGGAGGCGCUUAUUGAGAAAAGGUCCAGGUGCUACCUCGGUGUCCAGUUUGUUGGGACGGCCCUGAGACAAUGGAACACUUGUUCCUUUAUUGUCCAGUGGCGCGUGCUCUCUGGGAUUAUUCUGGGCUGGAAUACUUGGGAGAGGGCUUGCCUCGGCAGACUUUUCCGUUGUUUCUCAAGCGUCUAUUGGGUUUGAUCCAUCAACCGUCGGUGGUUAUGGCUGUUGUUGCCAUCCUUUGGAGGAUCUGGCGAUCUCGAAAUUGGGUGGUCUUUGAAGGCAAGCAAUUUGGGAUCCCAGCUCUUAUGCGCCAGUUUAAUCAGCAGUAUGAGGAAUGGGUGGGGCUACCAGCGAACCAGGCGCCUAGGGCACAAGCCCCGAUAAUGCGAUCUACAGCACAAUUGGAUGAUUCCCAUUUGGUUUGUAUGUGGGACGGGGCUACUAAGGGUGGGUCUCAUUCGGCUGGUGGGAUGGUUCUUUUUGAUCCCUCGAGGACACUCUUACUGGCUAGAGGGAUCUAGUUUCCUCAAAUGGAUGAUCCUGCAGUGGUGGAAUUGCUUGUGCUUCGGGAGGCUAUUAUUUGGUGUAUGGAGCAAGUUUUGUCGGCGGUCCGAUUUGAGGGCGAUGCGAAGGUGAUAAUUGACAAAAUUAAUCAGGCCGACACAAGAGAUAGCCAGUUGGGUGCUGUGCUUGAAGAGAUUGUUCAUUAUUUUCGUGCUCAGUCUGGCUUUAGUGUGCGUUUUGUAGGUCGGGAGAACAAUAGGGUAGCUCAUUUGGUAGCUAGGAAAGCCCUCUCUUUGUAUCCGACUAUGAGUCGCUUCUUUGAUUUCCAGACCUGACUGGUUUCUAGGGUGUAACUAUCUUCUGCUCUGAUCAAUAUAUGAUAUCUUUUGAC